AUGCACGUCUCCUUCCUCCCCCUCCUCCUCCUCCCCCUCGCACUCGCGGCCGUCAACGAGCCCUGCUACGGCCCCUCCGGCCUCGCAGGCGUCUGCAUCGCCAAGUCGGACUGCACAGCGUCCGGCGGCACGAGCACCACGGGCGCCUGCCCGGCCGACGCGAGCGACAUCCUCUGCUGCACCAAGACCAAGUGCAAGGGCGACGCCUCGGCGUGCAACUGGACCUCGGACUGCGGCGGCACCUCGGCGGCCAACCUGUGCCCCGGGCCGGGCCAGAUGAAGUGCUGCAGCAAGGCCGGGAGCGUCUUCGGCGGGUACACGGACGCCUCGAUCCCGCCCGUCGGGGCGUGCCAGAAGGUGGCCGUGGACGGGGCCAGGACCGUCGUGGGCCAAUUCCCCGGGCGGGUGAGGGAGAUUGGGUGCAAGAGGGACUGCGCGUGCCCCGGGGACUCGGAGCACUGCUGCGGCAAGGCGAUUGACUUUAUGAUCUCGGACGGUGGCGGUGCGACUCUUUCUGGAGAUGACAUCGCCGAAUGGGUCAUGAACCACGCCUCUGCCAACGAUGUCAAGUAUGUCAUCUGGGGCCAGAAGAUCUGGAACCCGUCGCGGGACAAGGUGACCGCCUGGAAGAACUGGCGCACCAUGGAGGACCGUAACAGUAUCACCCAGAACCACUGGUAG